AUGAACACCAUUAGGCGUAGUUCCAGGAUAAUCCGAACUUGUGGAGCAAUUUCGGAUUUCUUUGACGGUAAUUAUGUUCGUUUAGGUAUUGUAAAAGUGCUGGAAUCGGCAGCAUUUCCGCUUGAUAAUUAUUCGAAUGAUUUUAUCAAAGGAUUAGGUGGUAAGUACAGUGUUGUAGCUUCAUUUUUGCAAGCGAAAUGGCUUGAUUUAGCUCUUCUGAACUCGUCAUCUGAAGAGCUGAGAGACGCUGCAAUAGAUGGUAUUGUUGCGAUCACUAGUUCAGCGGAAGCCUCCACUGUUGAGAAGAUUGUUAAUUAUCUUUUGGAGCAAUUAUCUGGUUUGUUUGUAUUUAAUUCUUUCUAA